AUGGCCAGACGAAAAGAAAGACAAAAAGAUAAACAAAUCUCGGAACAGCUAAUCAUACACGAUGAAUUUUCCAAAAAUCAAAUCAGCAAGAGAUUUCUCAUUCUUGGAGGAACAAAUUCUGGAAAAUCAACUUUUUGCAAUUUUCUGCGUGUCAAUAAUGAUAUUGAAUGGUUGCUGUCGAUAGGAGUGAAAUUGGAUAGGUGGGUGAUGGAAUUUGUGUUUAGAUGUAUUUUGGUUUGUUAUGAAUUGUUAAAGAAUCGGUUACCAAAUCAAUUCGAAAAGCUGAAAGAAACUAUACGAAAAGAUAUUCGAUUGAGGACAAUUUCUAAUGAUCUGAUUAAAUUUAUAAGAUAUGUCAGAGAAGGAGAGAAUGAAUUUUUAUUGGAAGCAUCUUUUCAUAUGAGAUAUUUGAAUAAUAUUAAGUAUUUCUUCAGUGAGGAGUUUAUUGCAAAAUUGGAAAAUAAUUCUCAGAUGAAAUUUGAAUUAAACGACAUGUAUCGAGUGAAAAUUCCAAGAACCUCCUCAUCCAUCAAAGAGAUUGAUAUCAAGGGAGGUUUUAAUUUCAGAUUUAUUGACCCCAGUGAUAUGAGAGGAGAGCCAAGAAAAUGGAUUACUCAAUUUGAAAAUGUGGACGUGGUCUAUUAUUUCAUUUCAUUGGCUGAUUAUGUGUUACAUGAUACGGUACACAAUACAAAUUGUCUCCAGUUGGCCAUUGAUACAUUUGAAAACCUAAAAAAGUCUGAACUAUUUUCCAGCUUUGUAAUUUUCCUUACAAAAACUGAUGAACUGGCUCAAUUACUGGAACACCAUCCAUUUAGUGAUUAUUUCAAGGAAUACACUGGUCAAAACACUAAAGAAGAGGUCAUUCGAUACAUCCAAUACCAAUGUGUAUCAACACACACCAGAACAUGUACAAUGUAUGUUCAUGCUGUCAACUUGACCGAUACUUCCAAAUUCACAUACAUUCUCGCUGAAACCUAUCAAAUCCACAACAACCUAGUUGUUUUCUAA